CUCGAAGCGUAAAUAGGAGUGGAGGUAAUUUAUAUAUGUGUUGAAUUAACCCCAGGCCAAAUUUGAAAAAAAAAUUAUUCAUAACUUGUUUCUUUCUUUCUGAUUCAAAUAAACUUACUAUCAAAUAAUCAUGUCUGAAUAUAUCCUCGUCACUGGUGGUGCUGGUUAUAUUGGUUCCCAUACCGUUAUCGAAUUAAUCAACAAUGGUCAUAAAGUUGUUGUAGUUGACAAUUUAGUCAACUCCAGUUAUGAAGCAAUUGCCAGAGUUGAAUUUAUCGUCAAACAAUCAAUUCCUUUCUUCAAUGUUGAUAUCAGAGACUAUGAAAAGUUAUCUAAAGUGUUCAAAGCUUACAAGAUCAAAGGUGUUAUUCAUUUCGCUGCUUUAAAGGCCGUUGGUGAAUCAACUAAGAUCCCAUUAGAUUAUUAUGACAAUAAUGUUACUGGUACUGUCAACUUAUUAAAAGUUUUAAAGGAAAACGAUGUUAACUCAAUUGUUUUCAGUUCUUCUGCAACUGUUUAUGGUGAUGUUACUAGAUUUGGUGAUGAUAGAUAUAUUCCAAUUCCAGAAGAAUGUCCAAUGGAUCCAACUAAUCCAUAUGGUAAUACUAAAUUUGUUAUCGAAAACAUCCUAAAAGAUGUUCAUUCCAGUGAAUCCGAAAAAUGGAAAGUCGCAGUUUUAAGAUAUUUCAAUCCAAUCGGGGCACAUCCAUCAGGUUUAAUUGGUGAAGAUCCUUCUGGAAUCCCAAAUAACUUAUUACCUUACUUAGCUCAAGUUGCUAUUGGUAGAAGAGAAAAAUUAUCAAUCUUUGGUAGUGAUUACAAGAGUCAUGAUGGAACUCCGAUUAGAGAUUAUAUCCAUGUUGUUGAUUUAGCUAAGGGUCAUAUUGCUGCCUUAGACUAUUUACAUAAAAUUAACGAAGGUGGUUUAUAUAGAGAAUGGAACUUAGGUACUGGUAAAGGUUCUACUGUCUUCGAUGUUUAUAAUGCGUUCAGUAAAGCUGUUGGUAAGAAAUUACCUUAUGAAGUUGUCGGUAGAAGAGCUGGUGAUGUUCUUGAUUUAACUGCUAACCCAGCUAGAGCCAAUAAGGAAUUAGGCUGGAAAGCCGAAUUAGGCAUUGAACAAGCUUGUGAAGAUUUAUGGAAAUGGACUACUGCUAAUCCUCAUGGUUUCAAUGUUGAAGGUUAUUCAUCAAAGACUUUCGAAAGUGAUGGUAACUACGGUAAUAGAUUACAAACAUUUGUUAAUGGUGAAUUAUCUGUCUCCUUAGCUAACCGUGGUGCUUUGAUUCAAGAUAUUAACUUUGAUGGUGAUCACAUUGUUAAUGCUUAUGAUAAUGGUGAUGACUACUUAUUAAAAUCAAAUCCAUUCUUUGGAACAACCGUUGGUCGUGUUGCUAAUAGAAUUGCCAACGCUGAAUUUGAAUUAAACGGUAAGACUUAUCAUUUACCAAAGAAUGAAAAUAACAACACUUUACAUGGUGGUCUUGUUGGUUAUGAUAAAGAAAAUUUCUUAGGUCCAAUUGUUAAGAAAGAAAAAGAUGUUUUUAUUGUUGAAUACAAAUUAAUUGAUCCAGAUGGAAAAAAUAACUUCCCAGGUGAUGUUGAAAACAUUGUUAGAUACUAUAUUGAUAAUAAAUCUAUUAAGAUUGAAUAUGAAGCUCAAUUAAUCAAUGAUAAAGUUGAUGCUACUAUUAUUAAUAUCACCAACCAUUCUUACUUCAAUCUUUCAGGUGAUGCUACUACUGAUGAUACUGUUGUUAAGUUAAGUUACGAUAAUUACUUAGAAGUUGAUGCCAAGACUUUAUUACCAACUGGUAAUGUCGUCAAGCAUGAUAGAGUUGAUGCCAACAAACCAAUUACUUUAAGUGAAGCAACUUUCUAUGAUUAUUGUUUUGUGAUUGAUAAUGAUGCUGAUGCCAUUGAUACUAGAAAAUUUGAAUUAAAGAAAGUCUUUGAAGCUACUCAUCCAAGAUCUCAUACUAAGUUUGUUGUCUCAACUACUGAACCAACUUAUCAAUUCUAUACCGGUGUUGGUGUCGACACUAAAGGAUUCGUUGCUAGAAGUGGUUUCUGUGUUGAACCAGGUAGAUUUGUCGAUGCUAUCCAUAAUGAAAAAUGGGCUCCUCAAGUUAUUUUAAAGAAAGGUGAAGUAUACGGAAGUAUAAUCCAAUAUGACUUAUCUAAGGUUUAAAAAAUUUAAAGACAUUUAUAUAGCUAAUAAUAAAAGAUACUUUAUGAUUUGAUAAUUUAAGUAGAGUAAUAGAAUAAUUGCUGCAAAUAUUUGCGAAAUUUGUAAUAUAUGCUUUGUUUAAUUGAAUUAA